AUGGCUUCCACACUGCUGAUUGCCGCCGUGUUGGUCCUCGAUCUCAUCGCUUUCUUCCUCGCCGUCGCUGCCAAACAGAUAUGCACCACCGGGAGGGUGGAGGCGGAUGUGAACAACAAUGGGUACUGCAUUUACGAGUCGGAUAUAGCGACCCGGUUAAGGGCGGAUGCAUUGGUGCUGUUGCUAGCGAAUCAACUCUUGGUGAUGGAGGUGACUCGGUGCCUGUGUUGUGGUAGAGCUAUGAGGCUCUGCAAGUCCCGGUCGUUAGCUAUUAUCCUCUUCAUUGAGGAGUUUACCGGCGGACCAUCUAUUGGAGCCUGGGGGAUGAGUUUACAAUUGCCAGAGCCAUCGAAACACCAUCCAUGA